AUGGCGAGAAGCAUUCGAAGGGAACCGCGUCGCGGAGGCCUCAAGUCCAACGCCCGCAAGCUCUUGGCUGCCUGCGUCGGUGGAGUUCUGCUGCUCACGAGUGGGCAAGUCGAGGCACAACAGCCUCAGGAUGGGCUUUUGAGGCGGGUAUUGGAGGUUAGUGGGGAGCCGAGCCUCAAAGAUAACACUGCUACAUGUAGAUUGACGGGCUCAUCAGGUGAGGCCGUACAAGAACUGCCGGAGCUCACUCUGUCCGAAAAACAGCUCAACGCUACUCUGGUGUGUGAAGGCGAUCAGCCCACCAGAGUCCCAACGAAGCCUGAAAACGUCUGUCAAGAUCCGCAAGCUAAAGCUGUGGAGGUCGAUGAAAAAAAUGAGUGCAAGAUAGGAGCAUCCGCCUCAGGCUCACCAGUCCCACUUAAGACACUGCUCACGGCAACGAGUCAAGCGAAGUGGGAGAACGACAAGGCUGCAAAGGGAAUACAGAAACUUUCGUGGACGCUGAGCCUAAGCAAGGACGAUCUUCCACUGACAGAUAACAACUUCUACGUCGGCUGUCAGAAAGGUACUGUUAGUAGGAGCAGCGAAACUUCGGCUUGUAAGGUACCUGUGAAGAUCUUGGCAAGACACUCGUCCGCCGAAAAGAAUGUUGUCACCUGCGCCUACGGCGCGACCAGCAAUAAAACCCCCGUAGAGGUGGAGAUGACCCAGGAGCAGAACACGCUGAAGGUAGUGUGUGGAACGCAAGGUUCCAUUCAUCCUCUGGAUUACAAAACUCAUUUCUGCGAGAAGGAAGAGAUGAAUGCGUGCUCGAAGUCCUACGUUGAUAUUCUCCCGAAGUUCGACGAGAAGUGGUGGACAGAGGAGGAGAACAAGUCCGUCACGCUGACAAUCCCUUCUGCAGAUUUCCCCACUGAGGACAAGUCUUUCUACGUCGGCUGCACACUCAGCAAAUCCAAAAAUGAGGAACCUCAGGAGUCCCCUGCAGUGGCGGCAGCCAGUGGAGGGUCCGGCGCAACAGCGACGACUUGCAAGGUGCUGGUGACUGUCAAAGCAGUGAAUUCGUCUUUGUCGGCAGGCGCAGGUGUGGGAAUGGCAGCUGCAGUGUCUGGCGCAGCUGUGUUGACAGGGGUUCUCGCUGGUUCCCUCUGA